CUUUCAAUGCCUCUUCCUCAUUAAGAGUAGAGUUGUGUUCACGUGUGGUUGUGUCUCCUUUUUCCACAAAAUAGGUCACACAACCCACUUCCAUUCGUGAAAUAACUCUUCUAUAAAAAUAAAAAACCCCAAAAAAAUAUAAAAAUUACAAAAAACAUAAACAAAAAAAUCGAAAAACCGUAGCUGAAAACCGCGAAACGUAAGUAAAAGUGUGGAAAAAAAUAGUAAUCAUCGCGUUACGAACAGCAGCAACGUGGUCAGAAGAGCGUAAGCCAUAUUGAAGGAACGGGAGGUACCAAAAAACGUGAGUUAAUCUUCAAGUUAAGCCAGUUGCACCGACGUUGAAAUACUGCGAAAAUGAAUCCGGGAGCUCCGAAUUAUCCUAUGGCCUCGCUUUACGUGGGUGACCUGCACGGCGAUAUUACCGAAGCGAUGCUUUUCGAGAAGUUUUCAUCGGCUGGGCCCGUGCUCUCGAUACGCGUCUGCCGUGAUAUGAUCACCCGACAUUCGCUCGGUUACGCUUAUGUCAACUUCCAACAACCCGCCGAUGCGGAGCGUGCUCUCGAUACCAUGAAUUUCGAUAUGAUAAAGGGGCGGCCUAUUCGCAUUAUGUGGUCUCAACGUGAUCCUUCUUUGCGGAAAUCUGGUGUUGGAAAUGUAUUCAUAAAAAAUUUAGACAAAAACAUAGACAAUAAAGCAAUGUACGAUACGUUCUCUGCUUUUGGUAACAUACUUAGUUGUAAAGUAGCCCAGGAUGAAUCAGGCGUUUCGAAAGGCUAUGGUUUUGUUCAUUUUGAAACAGAAGAGGCAGCAAAUAAAUCUAUUGACAAAGUAAACGGGAUGUUACUGAAUGGCAAAAAGGUCUACGUUGGAAAAUUCAUACCCCGUAAGGAACGUGAGAAGGAAUUGGGAGAGAAGGCUAAGCUCUUCACCAAUGUUUACGUAAAGAACUUCGGAGAAGAUAUGACCGACGACAAACUUAAAGAAAUGUUCGAGAAAUAUGGGACCAUCACCAGUCACAAAGUAAUGAUAAAGGAAGAUGGGAAGUCUCGAUGCUUCGGUUUUGUAGCUUUUGAAGAUCCUGACGCGGCUGAGCAAGCGGUACUCGAGCUGAAUGGGAAAGAGGUUGCUGAAGGUCGAUGCAUGUACGUCGGACGGGCGCAGAAGAAGGCCGAGCGUCAACAGGAGUUGAAGAGGAAAUUCGAACAAUUGAAACUGGAACGUUUGAACCGUUAUCAAGGCGUGAAUCUUUACGUGAAGAACUUGGACGACAGCAUAGACGACGAUAGGUUGCGCAAGGAGUUCGCGCCGUUCGGAACGAUUACUUCCGCGAAGGUCAUGAUGGAGGAAGGCCGCAGCAAGGGCUUCGGAUUCGUCUGUUUCUCCGCUCCGGAAGAAGCGACCAAGGCCGUGACAGAGAUGAACGGUCGUAUAAUAGUCACCAAACCGUUGUACGUCGCUCUGGCUCAGCGCAAAGAAGAUCGCAAGGCGCAUCUUGCUUCUCAAUACAUGCAACGUUUGGCGAACAUGCGGAUGCAACAAAUGGGUCAGAUUUUCCAACCUGGCGGCGCUGGGAAUUUUUUCGUACCCACUAUGCCACAACCGCAACGAUUCUACGGACCCGCACAGAUGGCCCAGAUUCGUACGACGCCGCGUUGGCCAGCGCAGCCUAAUCAAGUGCGACCCAACGCACAGACCGGAAGCUCCGGUUUCGCUACGAUGCAAGGACCAUUUAGGGCAACUCCGCGUGCUCCGACUGCGCAAGCUGGUACAAUGCGAAAUACUUUAUCCGCUAGACCUAUCACAGGUCAACAAACGGUCGGUGGUGCGAACAUGCAGAGUCGUUCUAUGGCCGGACCGACGGUAGGAGUCUCAGCCCAGAGCCGUCCGUCGAAUUACAAAUACACGUCGAACAUGCGUAAUCCACCGCAAGCAAUGGCGAUACCUGCUCCUACUCCUGUUCAGCAAGCUGUUCAUAUCCAAGGCCAGGAACCAUUGACUGCGUCGAUGCUGGCAGCUGCUCCGCCGCAAGAGCAGAAGCAAAUGCUGGGAGAGCGACUCUUCCCGUUGAUUCAAUGCAUGUAUCCGCAACUUACCGGAAAGAUAACUGGAAUGUUGUUGGAGAUCGAUAACUCAGAGCUCCUGCAUAUGCUGGAGCAUAACGAAUCGCUGAAAGCCAAGGUCGAGGAGGCCGUAGCUGUACUGCAAGCUCAUCAGGCCAAACAGGCUGUGGCUUCGAAAAAAGAGUAAAACAUCUUAGGACGAUUCAUUUAUAUUCUUCCUUUAUUUGUUCAUAACGAUUGUUCAGUUCUGUUUCUUCCUCAUUCUGCGAUUAUCCUUGGUUUAAAACGAUUAUUUCAGAAGCUUUACGGUGGCUUAAGCGAUUGCUGAAUGCGAGAACGGCAGGAACAAAUUGUUAUUCAAAACUAAUAAUUGAUCACGAAAGGGUUUUUCAUCAAGUUUUAUGAUAAUAAAUUUUCCUUUAAAAAUA